UUCUACGAAAGACAACUGUAAUACAAACUGAAAUUACGCACAUUUACACUUUGAGAUGACCUUUGUUUACUUUAAACCAGAGGCAGAAAUAGAAAAAUGGAGUAUAUGAAAGUAUUGUUGCAUGUGUUUUCUGGAAUGCCAAAUCCUGAAUAUAAUAUUGAAAGUAAAGAUCCUGAUUACAAUAGAAUCAAAUCCAUGUUACCAGAGGAAGGAAGUGUCCAUCUACAUUCUGCACUUGGAUAUCAAGGUUACAUGAUUUUUUUCAUGCCCAGUGGUAAAACGAAAAUAAAGGAACGCUCUUCUAUGAUUGAAGUUCCGCGUGGAUAUAAUCAAGAUCUUGAAAACUUACUGUUUAACAAGGGUGAAUUUGAUGAAGACUUAAGGAAAUUAGUGUAUGGUGAUCAAGAUGCAAGAUCGGAAUUCGAUCAGCAAUCAAAGAGACACUUACAUAGAGACAUAUAGUAUAUAUAAUUUAUAAAAACAAAUCUUUAUUAAAACUUUUUUCCUUUACCUUUA